AUGCGGCUACACAAGCUGGGCGUGGGGGGUGAGAUGGCAAAUCGAGGGAAUGGUUUUUGGAUCCUGCUGGUUUUCUUACUGGAUUUACUCGGGUCGGCGGCCAGCAACAUGGAGCCCAUCUACUGGAAUUCCCUGAACGAAAGGUUCAGGGACGACAAGGGCUACAUCCUGUACCCUCAGAUCGGGGAUCGGCUGGACCUCAUCUGCCCUCCGCUGGACACCGCCCGGUCCACGCCGGAGUACGAGUUCUACAAGCUCUACCUCGUGGCCAAGCGGGAGCAGGCGGACCGCUGCGAGGUCAUGGGCCCCCCCAACAUCGUGCUCACGUGCGACGAGCCCACCCGCGAGCGCCGCUUCACCAUCAAGUUCCAGGAGUUCUCGCCCAACCUCUGGGGCCACGAGUUCAAGACCUUGCACGACUACUUCAUCAUCGCUACGUCAGACGGGACGCGCCAAGGCCUGGAUAGCAUGAGGGGCGGAGUCUGUGUCACGCAAGGCAUGAAGGUGGUCCUGAAAGUGGGACAGAGCCCAUAUGGACUGCCUCCGAAGAAGGAGCCUGCGGGACGCACCACCAGCAGAAACCCAGCAGGGAACUCCACCCAGUCCCAGAGACCCAACGGCUUCGGGAACGAGGGCACCGGUGAGAACGGCCCGCUCCAAGCCUCCAACAUCGCCCUCAUCGCCGGCACCGCGGGAGGCUCCGCCUUCCUCCUGCUGGUGACGGCCGUGAUCUGCUUCGUGUGCUACCGCCGGCGGCACGCCAAGCACUCGGACACGCACCACCCGCCGCUGUCGCUGUCCUCGCUCACCAGCCCCAAGCGGGGGGGCGGCGGCGGCGGCAUGGGCCUCACCAGCUCCAACAACAACGGCUCGGAGCCCAGCGACAUCAUCAUCCCGCUGCGGACGUCGGACUCGGCCUACUGCCCGCACUACGAGAAGGUCAGCGGGGACUAUGGCCACCCGGUCUACAUCGUGCAGGAGAUGCCGCCUCAGAGCCCGGCCAACAUCUACUACAAAGUAUGA